CCUGUGAUUAAGUAAGGUGCGUAAAGCAGUUUAUUCAUUGUUCCAAUGUUUUGGUAACAUAAUGCGUCCUUUCUCAGAGAGGAAAGUCACCAUUCUGCCUAAGGAAGGUCACAUUCUGGGACACUGGAACUCUCUUUUUGCAGUGUUAUGGAAGACCUGUGAGUGCAGCAUUUCAUCUUAUUAACCUAUUGACAUGUUGCAAACAAGGACCCAGACAUUUGAGUUCUGUAGUCCCUAAGGCUUUACAAAAGGCUGGAGUAAUGGCUGUUCCUGUCAGCAUGAAAUAGCAAUACGUGAAAUAGUAAUACUCUUGUCUCCUAUUCAUUCGCUCAGGAUUUUUCCACUUUGUCUUUAACAUCUUUAUUCUUUGUGAAACUGAGAAUCUUAGUGAAGCUUCCCUCCCUCCCCCCCAGGUCAUCCCUUAUGCAGGAAACUGAAACAUGCUGUAACCUAACAGGAAGCUCUGUGUAUGUCACACUGCGCGCUUCUGACUUUCUACUCAAUUGUCUCUGUCCACCUCCCCUUUCUACACGGGACCAAGUGCUUCUAAAUUUCUGUCUUUUUUUUUUUUGUGUGCUCGAAGAGGAAGGAUGUGGGAGCCAGUCUCUCCAGCUGUUUCAGUUGUGUUUUUAAUCCCUCUGUGUAGUGUGUGUGCUAUGUGGUUGAGUGCUUUAGCCUGGCAUUGAUAGGAUGGGAUGCUGCAGUGUGACAGCACGGGGUGCCAACUUGAAACAAGAUGGCCAUGAAGAAGUUGAGUUGCUACAAACAGAGGGGAGCAGGAAACAGUCAGAAACUGGGUCACUAUCUCCCAAUGGAGGACCUUACUCCAUCUCACACCACCAAGCUACGUGUGUUAAACAUGAGGUCCCAGAUAAGCCUGUGCUGUUUUGGGGAAAAUCUCAUGCAAAUUUAGACGACAUGAUACUUUCGGAACCUAUUCACGGAUGGGAGGGUCAGGACAUUCAGACUUAUGGAAAGGUUGUCAGAUCUUCUUUAAUAUUCAUGCAGAUUAGGGGAACACACUCACAGGAAAUAAUGGAGUGCUUUUUGGUACUGUUUCCUUUGCAUUUACUGAUUCUGUCUUUGGACCAUCAAGAUAGAAGAUUUAUCUAUCAGGGCCUUCUUUCCCUUUCUGGAAUGAAAGUGUUUUCCUUAUGGACAAGUAUAGGACAUACCUUUGAAAUCAGUGGGCCAAUGAUAGAAUCUCGCCAAAUUUCCUGCCUCAAUUCCAGAGAGAGAGAUCUUUGGAUAUCAGAGCUACAGCAUCACAUCCUGGAAGCCAACACACACUAUUCUCUUGUUUACCCCUCAAUCAAUAUUUUGUCCUUUCUGUUGCCAUGUGACAGUAUGUGGAAGAAGAAGGAACUCAUAAGAUAUUUGACAUCAUGUCCUAUUAGAGAUUGGGAAGGAAGAGCAAUCCAGCAUCUGGGUAAUGCUAUCUACCUGUCUGCGGUGCAAGUGGCUCACACUAUAGACGCAGAUUUUGAGGAUCGGCUUUUGGUGCUGUUUUCUGAAGAUCUUGUUUUCCUUUCUGUUGAUGCUGAGAAGACUGCAGUCACCUACCAGGGUACCCUUCCUAUAAAUGCAAUUCAUAUUAAAGAAAGCAUAGCUUGGGAUGGGAGACUAGAGUUCCAGAUUACAGGUCACAUGAUGGAACCAAUUUUAGUGUGUUGCUCUACCAUUGGAGACUAUAAUUAUCUGGUUUUCUAUCUGCAAAAGCCAGAGGAAUCAGACUGUGCCAUCAGUCCUCCACCUGUGCCCACUGUACCUGCUAAAUACAGGAGAAGAUAAAAAUAGACAUUUAUUGAGAGAGAAUGAAGAAGCAAAUGAACUUUAUGUUAAGCCUGAAAUGGCAUGAACAUAGUCUACAGAAGAACAACAAUACAAGCUGGACAUUUGUGACUCGUAUUGAGUGUGCCAUUUAGCAUAACGCUACAUGACUUGUUUGUACCAUUGUAAAGGAAAUGUAGGAAGGGCAAGACUGAGAGAUGGUCAGGACAGGAAACAGAAUGUAGGACAGAGAACAGUACACUGGAAAGAAAACUAUGUGUAAAAGACAAAACUGUACGUUGAGGCAUAACACUGCCCACUGAACUUAACAAAAAGGGAAAUACGUUUCUGACUAUACGUUGAUCAGAUACUGCCACUAGAGAUAACUACUGUCAAAAGUUAAUGUUUUUACCCAACAUAGGCUAAAACUCUGAUAGUGAUGAGUUUCUGAUUGCAUGGUGUGAUAAAGGAUAACAUUUAAUGGCAGUAACAGUAAAUGAGGGGAAUUAAUAAAACUGGAGAUAUUUUGCUCUACAGUAAUAACCCACAGCAAACAAGCUGCAAUUUGCUUUUAUAUUUCAUACUGUCUCCGAGCUUAUUGCUGGUUGGUAGCUAUGUGUUACAUCUCCUGACUUAAUUUACCACAGUUUAGCAUGUUUGAGAAUACAGCUUAAUGUGCAAAUACAAAUAACACAAUAGGGUUUAUUUAUGAAUGCAAGUACAGUGUAUGGAGUGCAAUUUUUAGACACAAUUCUCUAUAUGUUUUACCCAGAAGGCAGUGUCUGAUGCAUUAAAAUGUGCGCAGUUGCCCUUUGAAUCUGAGUAGUAGAAUAGCAAAUAAGCUUUGUAGACCCACCAGGAUAAAAGAAAUAGCUUUAAUACUCAAGAACUCUACGUGCUGGCUUCUGGAUGCCUUUAACAGAAAAUGCAGUGCACUAUAUAUGUUUCUUCUAAAUAACCAACCAAUGCAAGGUGAAGCUUUCUGACCUAGUGGCCUAAGCUAAUGGUUUCCCUACCCUACCCUAUAACGGCAUAGAAAUCUGAUGAGAUGAAACGACAUAGCUAAGAUUGUUGAUGUAGUUUGGUGUGUGUAUAUAUCUACCCUAAAGACAUUUUAUUUGCUGAUACCUUAUUAUAUACAUUCACUUUGGCUUUGAUCCAUUAUGACCAAAAGCCUUGUGUGUCAUUGCUCUAAUGCAAUGCACUAAAUGUUGGAAACUGUCUAUUCAUGACUGUUCUGCAUGCAGUUAAUAGUGCUCUUGUGCAUUUGAAGACAUAAAUAUUCAUACUGGGGUUACUUUAUCAUAGUCUGUGCAAUUCUUGCCCACAUACAGAUGUCAUCAUAGUAUUGAUUAGUGAUGGGCGAAUUUAUUUGCCAGGCGCGAAUUUGCCCAUGUCGCAAAGUUUUUUUGAUGCCGGCGACGGUUCCAAACACAGUUUCGCAAUUUUUCCGUGAAUUUCACGGGAAAUUCAAGAAAUUUGUGGCGAAGCGACAAUCACUAGUAAUGAUCUCAAUAUGGUUUGUAUGGUUUACUAGCAAUUUACAAACACCUGGGCUACCCCAAAUAGGAGGACUCAAAGCAGUCGUUCUCAAGCAGUUUGAAGGCCAUUUAAGGUGAGCAUAAGAGCUGAAGCCUAUUAAUUUUCCUGAAUACCCCUGCAACUAUAUUAGAAUUCCUGCCAGCUAUUGUUAACAUUGUUAUAAGCUAAAGGGAGGCCAGCCAACUGUGAGGCUGAACCCAACAAGUCUAAAGACUGUCUCCUGUGUAGUAAAAACAAAGUUUUCUUUUUAAUUGGCUGCUAUAUUGUAGUGUCCAACUCCCAUUUUUCCCUUAAGCACGGAGAGCAGGUGGGUUUUAAAGUUCAGCACUCACUAGCAGAUGGCUGAUUAGACAUGAUAUAAAAAUGUUUAUAUUUAUUGCUAAAGGGACAGGCAACCUGCUACAGUUUUUUAAAAAAAUAUAUCAAUAUUAGAAAAUGUCAUUUCAUUUUUGUCUAGAGAUUUAGUGUUUCGGAGCUGUAUAAAUUAUUGUCACAAAAUACUGUGCAUUUGUGAUGUAUUUUCUCAGGGGAUGGUGGACUAAAAAUGACAAUAUACAUAAUAUAGUAUAUUUUUUAUAUUUCAUUGAUUUAAUUUAUAAAAAAAAACGUCUUUGGCGUUCUCUGAAAUUGAUAUAAAAUACAAUACAAAUGCAAUGUUCUGUGGUGUACACUCCAAAUGUAUUUUAAUCAUGAGUGUGUGUGUCUUCAAAACAGAACUCUUCUUUAAACCAUGUUAUAGCCAUAAUAUUUGUAUAGCCUGUAUGUAAUAAAUGAUUAUAAUGUA